GCGGCCGCGCGGGCCCGAGCGGGCCGGGCCCGGCCGGGGCGGGGCCGGGCGGCGGGCGCGGCCGGACGGGAGUUCCCCGGAGCAGGCUCCUCCAGCCCGAGGCCCGCCCAGGACGCAGCGCCUAGACCGCCACCCCGACAAAAAGACUUCUCUCCAGUAGGGGACAGAGCUUGGGGUCCACCCCCCUUGCCUGGAUCCUUCUGCAGUCCCCACGCUUCCCCAAUCUAGGGGACGCAGCUAUGGACGACAUCUUCGCUCAGUGCCGGGAGGGCAACGCGGUGGCCGUCCGCCUGUGGCUGGACAACACGGAGAACGACCUCAACCAGGGGGACGAUCACGGCUUCUCCCCCUUGCACUGGGCCUGCCGAGAAGGCCGCUCUGCUGUGGUUGAGAUGCUGAUCAUGCGAGGGGCACGAAUCAAUGUCAUGAACCGUGGGGAUGACACGCCCCUGCACCUGGCAGCCAGUCACGGACACCGUGAUAUCGUACAGAAGCUCCUGCAGUACAAAGCUGACAUCAACGCAGUGAAUGAGCAUGGGAACGUGCCGCUGCACUACGCCUGCUUCUGGGGUCAAGACCAGGUGGCAGAGGACCUGGUGGCUAACGGGGCCCUCGUCAGCAUCUGUAACAAGUACGGAGAGAUGCCUGUGGACAAAGCCAAGGCACCCCUGAGAGAGCUGCUCCGAGAGCGGGCAGAGAAGAUGGGCCAGAACCUGAACCGAAUUCCAUACAAGGACACAUUCUGGAAGGGGACCACCCGCACUCGACCCAGGAACGGGACUCUGAACAAGCACUCCGGCAUUGACUUCAAGCAGCUCAACUUCUUGACGAAGCUCAACGAGAACCACUCUGGAGAGCUGUGGAAGGGCCGCUGGCAGGGCAAUGACAUCGUCGUGAAGAUGCUGAAGGUUCGCGACUGGAGCACCAGGAAAAGCAGGGACUUCAACGAGGAGUGUCCCCGGCUCAGGAUCUUCUCCCAUCCGAACGUGCUCCCGGUGCUGGGUGCCUGUCAGUCGCCACCUGCUCCUCACCCGACCCUCAUCACACACUGGAUGCCAUACGGAUCCCUGUACAACGUGCUACACGAGGGCACCAAUUUUGUCGUGGACCAGAGCCAGGCCGUGAAGUUUGCACUGGACAUGGCAAGAGGCAUGGCCUUCCUACACACGCUAGAGCCCCUGAUCCCAAGACAUGCACUCAACAGUCGCAGUGUCAUGGUGAGGUGGCAGCUGCCGUCCUGGCCCGGGCCCCCAGAAGUCCCGUCCCUGACGAGAGCAGGACUUACCUCUCUCCUCUCACAUCGAUCUUCUCUUCCGCAGAUUGACGAGGACAUGACUGCCCGCAUCAGCAUGGCCGACGUCAAGUUCUCCUUCCAGUGCCCUGGGCGCAUGUAUGCCCCUGCCUGGGUGGCCCCUGAAGCUCUGCAGAAGAAGCCUGAAGACACCAACAGACGCUCAGCAGACAUGUGGAGUUUUGCAGUGCUUCUCUGGGAACUGGUGACGCGGGAGGUCCCCUUUGCUGACCUCUCCAACAUGGAAAUUGGAAUGAAGGUGGCACUGGAAGGCCUGCGGCCCACCAUCCCACCAGGCAUCUCCCCCCACGUGUGUAAGCUGAUGAAGAUCUGCAUGAAUGAAGACCCUGCGAAGCGGCCCAAGUUCGACAUGAUCGUUCCCAUCCUGGAGAAGAUGCAGGACAAGUAGGGCUGGCAAGUCCUGGCCUGAACUCCAGAGGUGUCAGGACACGUUGUGGGGGGGCAGCUCCCCAGAGCAGCAGGCCUCGGGCUGCCGCCCCUGCCUCCAGUCACGGUACUACCCAGCCGGGGGCCCUCCCCUGCCCCCAGCCCUGCCACUGUGGCCCCGCAAGGGAAUGGGCUCAAAGCUUUGUCACUUGCCACACGGUGUCUCCCAGCACGGGAGGGAUCAGCCCUGCCUGUCACAAUAAAGUUUAUUAUGAAAA